UUUUGUGUUGACUUUGCUACAUUACCAUAAUAUAUUUAGUCUUACAUAAAAUUUUAGACCUGUCAAUUAUUAUUUGUGACUAUUAAUUAAUAGUUUGUUAUUUAUUAGAAUUCCUUGAUUUAUUAACAAGUAUUUAAAGUUAAUUAAUGAUAUUUUCAAAUCUUUAACGUGAAAAUUUUCUUCAGAUCUUUAUACUAUGCUUAUUUUUAUACUUUCCAAAAAUUAAGUUCUUUGUAAAAAUUCAAUUAAGUAUAAAAAAGCUAAUGGUAAAAUUAUACCAAUUAGUUAUGAAUCACGACCAAGAAGAAUUACAGAGUUUAAUAGCAACUCGAGAGGAACAUAAAGAUUCACAAUGCUGGCGGUUCUGGGGAAAAUUGUUUUUGUCUCUUCUUGGUAUUAUAUUAUUAUUUACUGGAAUCAUAAUGACUGGUUUGUGGCCACAAAUAUUUGACAACAUUAUGAAAGAUAGAUUAGAGUUAAAGAAUAACACCCAAACUUAUAAAUUUUGGGAAAAAAUUCCUGUGCCAUUAGAAAUGGAAGUAUAUUUAUUUAAUUGGACUAACCCAGAAGAUACUUUGCAAAAUAAAUCAAAACCAAUUCUUCAACAGUUGGGACCUUAUGUUUUUAUUGAAAAUCGAGUUAAAGUCAAUCAAACUUUUAAUGAUAAUUCUACAAUAACUUAUAUGCAAAUGAAAAGUUGGCAUUUUCAACCUUCACUAUCCAAUGGUAGUUUAUCUGAUAAAGUUAUUACAAUUAAUAUAGUACUGAGUGUUUUAGGUGAGAAAUUGAAACAGAUUAAUAAACAUUGGGUUUAUGUACUUACAAAUUACUAUUUAAAAUUUAUGAAAAUUAAUCAACCAUAUGUUAUAAAGAAUGUUAAUGAAUUGUUGUUUGAUGGAUAUGAUGAUCCUAUAUUGGAUUUAAUUACAAAACUAAAACAUUUCAUACCUAUUAAUUUACCAGUAAAAAAAGCAGGUUGGCUGUAUGGGAUGAACAUGAGUACAACAGCAGAUGGUUUGGUUAAUAUGUAUACUGGUCAAAAUGAUAUAGAGAAAGUUGGUAUAAUACAUUCAGUGAAUUAUGAAUCUAAAUUAAACAUUUUCAACAAAGACUGUAGUUAUGGCUAUGGGUCAGCUGGUGAUUUAUGGCCAGAACAUAUGGCUGCUCAGCCAAAUAUAUCACUUUACAUUCCAAACAUGUGCAGUGCUAUUACCUUAACCAAUACUGAUUAUAUAUUGGUAAAUGAUAUUAAAGGAGUAAUAUUUGCUGGAGGUCAAGAUGUUUUUAAUAAUUCAUGUUAUUGUACAACACCUAAAUGCCAACCACCAGGUGUACGGUCUUUAAAUUUAUGUGAUGGAAAUUCUCUUCCAUUGUUUGUAUCAUAUCCACACUUUUACCUAGCAGAUAAUUUUUAUGGUGAAAAAGUAAUAGGAAUGCAGCCUAAUAAAUCUUCACACGAGUUUAAAAUCAUUCUACAAAAAGACUAUUCAAUACCACUUCAUGUUGAUGCAAGACUUCAAUUUAAUGUUCAUACACAGCCAAUAAAAGACUUACAUAUUAUGAAGAAUUUGACAGAUCUCUUUCUUCCUGUAUUCUGGUUCACCGAAUCAUUCCAUAUGUCAAAAAAUAUAUCUGAUGAACUAAUUAUAGUUACAAAUACAAUACCAAAUGUUAUACCUUAUGUGUGGUUAAUUAUGUCUUUAAUAGGAUCCACUAUGUUAAUUUUCAGUGCUUAUUUAUGCAUUAUUAAGAAAAAUAAUUCAUUUGGUGUUUUAGACCCAAUAUGAUAAACAUGAGUGAUUUAGAUAAUUUAUGUAUAAACACUUGAAAAUUAAUAUUUAUUUAAAAAAUAGAUAAUUUUUAAAUUACUAUUUAUAAUAUUGAAAACAAUUAUAUUUUAUAUCUUUAUUGUUAUAUUUAUUCAAUAGUGUUUUUAUUUUAACUUAAUUUAAUUAAUUUUAGACUUGUAAAUAAAGUUAAGGUUUAAAAUAUUUGUUCUAUAUAAUAAUUAUUAAUUGAUAUUAGUCAUGCUAAGUUUUUUAUUGUUAUAGUUUAAAAUGACUGAAAACUUUAAUUGUAAUACUAUGAUACCAUUUUUUAAUUAUUAAUAUAACUCAUGCGGAAGAUCAACCAAUUGCUCAGGCAAAGGCAGAGGAGGAAAAUGUAUUUCAUAAGACGGAGAAGAAGAAUCUACAACACCUGUGUCAA